AUGGAUUUGGAUUCACAGUACACUCCUGGAAAGAUAAGUAUCUCUGAAAGAUUCAUCCAUUCAAGGAAAAAGGCUGUUGAGAAUAUCGAUUACCCACACUACUGGAAUCUCUUAAGAAAAAUGAACAUGCCUUUUGUGAAAGGUAUUGAAGACAGACAUGACUACAGCAGAUUUGAAAAGAAAUGCAACCCUAUGUUUCUUAAAUUUCACCCUUUCCCCCCUUCAGUCCUACCAGACUAUCAUUUACACUAUCCUUAUCCCCCACCAUAUGGGCCAGAUUACCCAUUAUUUCCACUUCGAGAUGAUGUGCCCUUAGGUGAUUCCUGUUCAGGAUUUAUGAGUCCUGGUGGUGAUGCAGACUUAAAGCCUGGCUUUGGCAGAACCAUACCAAACCUGGCAGAUAUAAGUGAUGUGAAACCUCUACAUCGAGUUCCCAAACCAGACUCAGGAUUUCAAGCACCACUAAAAAGGCAAAAAAAUGUAUUAGAAGAACUAAAACAGGACAGGAGAUGGAAUUCCAGAGCAACAACAGAUACUUCCAUCAGAGCAAGACUUGGAGGUUGGACAAGCCCACUGAAAGUUAUACCUUCACAAAUGCAGCAUGAAGAGUGCCCAAUAAAUCACAUACAUGCAUUUGCUGAGAAAUCAACAUAUACAGAUGACGAGGAAUCACUCAAACAAGCAAGCAAGAAAUAUAAUGCGAAUGACUCAUUUUACAAGUCCUCUACACAAAAAGCUUAUGAGGCUAUUCCAUGGGACAAAAUGCUACCACCAAAACUCAUUCCAGAAGAAACAACACUGGAAAAGGCUGCUGACCUUAUUUCACAAUGUUUUACACAAAAAAGAUAUGAAGGCAAACCAGCAAUAACACAGAUGGUUGGUGGACUCUGGGACCGAUUUCAAACAAGACCAUUGCUGGUACCAGUAAAACCAGUUACUUUUGUGAGCCCAAGUUCUAGAAGCAAAUAUAUCCCACUCUAUACUGGUUAUGUGCAAUCUGCAAAUGCUGAUGAUAUUGACAACCCUUUUGGAGACAUCACAUCUCUAGACAAACCUCGAAGCUCCAAAGCGAUUUAUACAAACACAAGUCGAACUGCAAAUAUUCCAGGAUAUACUGGUAAGGUUCAUUGCACAGCUACUCACCCAGCAAAUUCUGAUAUUCCCACAGCAACCCCAUCCCCAGAUUCAGAAGUGCACCGCAUCAUUCGGAAAGAAAUGGAAGUUGACCUCUUCUGUCAUCAGGCACCUCUGUCUCAAAUGGUCACAACUGUAAGACCUUACAAUCCUUUCAAUAAGAAAGAAAAAGAAACUAUAAUCUACUGA